AUGAUCGCGUCAAUUAUACGCCACCAUUCGGAUUGGGCGUUAAUACCAAUGAUCGCAUGGGGAAUAUGUGAACUGUCGAUUGAUGUUUGGAUUAUACUUAGUUUGAGACGAACAACACUAUGGUUGAUUGAAACAAAAAAUGAUGAAAAAUUAAGAUUAUUUCGAUGCUUUUCAUGGUCGAUUAUAUGCAUCAUUAUUGCCAUGUGUUUGUCCAUGAUAUGGAUGAUGAUAUUACAUCUUCACAUUUCUUGUACCAUAAAGUACAGGUUCUUUUGGAUGGAUGAUGCGUUUGGUGAAAUAUUAAACUCAACAUUAUUAAUUGUGUUGAUGAUCAUAUUUCGUCCGAAGCAAGGCGAACUAAAUUUAAAGUCAACUGUUUAUUUUGUUCAUGAAAUUUUUGACGAUGAUACGGCGGAGUUAGUUGAACCGACUGCAACUGAAUAA